CGAGAGAGAGAGAGAGAGAGAGAGAGAGAGAGAGAGAGAGAGAGAGAGAGGAACCUUCGUUCUCUUUUCUUUGGAAGGGUUACUUUAAUCUUAGACUAGAAGAGUAAAAGAGAAAACCAAGUGAGAAGGCAUCUUGGGAUUUUCAAGUUCUUAAAGAGUAAAUAUAAUGGAGUCUACAAAUAUUCAUCAUCAGCAUCAGCUCCAAGAACAGUUAACUGAGUAUAUUUUUACUUCAGCAACUCAUCAGUCUGGCUACAAAGCAUCAGCCACCCAUGAUUGGAGCCCAAGCAUCGUUUUAAAUGGUAGUAAUUACAAUAGCUAUCUGACAGCUGAAAACGUCCCAAGUUCAAGGGAAUCAUGGCAGAAGUUUUCCAUUGAUGACCCUCUUCUUAGCCGACCUUCGGUCAUUUGUCAAGACUUGCGUUUUUGUGAUGGAAAAAGUACCCAACAAUCAGCCAAUGAACUACUGCACCUUGCAAAAUUCAAAGAAGAGGUGCCAGACACUUUCCCAAAAUUGAGUGAAAUUGUAUGCAGCCUCUCUGAUAUUUCAGAAGAAUCGCAUUCACUACCCACAAAACAUGAGCAGCAAUGUUCUGCUAAUUAUCUAUGUGAGAAUCUAUGUCUCGGCAACUUCUCUUCUGGUGGACAGAUCCCUGGACAACAGCCUUCGGCUGGAGAUUUGUACUCUAAUAGUCACAACCCUACAAGUUUUGGAGGAGUGCCUGGAUCCAAUAGAUAUAAUUUCAGCCAUGUUUUUCCAUUUUUUUCACCCUCAGAUCUGUCUACUUCAUUAGCUUCAAAUUCUUUGGGCUUAAACUUGCAAACAUUGGAUCUCUUGACAUCUACCAAUUAUGGUGGGAAUUUUAGCCAGGCUUCACAUGAUGUUAUAGGUGCUCCUAAAGGAAGUACUUCUCUAAGCCCUGAUCACAUGCAUAUGCAAGACCUCGCAGACAGCCCAUCAAAUAGCUCCAACAAGACAUCAGGUUUAAUGAACGGAGUUACAAGAACAAAGAGACAGAAUGUUUCUGAGCCAAAAGAGUUUUAUGCAGAAACAAAGAAGUCGCGGUCAGUAUCACGAUGCCCAUGCCCACCACUGAAGGUACGAAAGGAGAAGCUAGGGGACAGGAUAGCAGCUCUUCAGAAAUUGGUGGCACCUUUUGGCAAGACAGACACAGCCUCCGUAUUAACAGAAGCUAUUGGGUACAUCCAAUUCCUUCAUGAUCAAGUCCAGACAUUGAGCACGCCUUAUCUGAAGUCCUCGCACAGCAAGCCCAUUAGAGCCAUGCAACCGGGUUUGAUGAAAGAGGAUGGAGCAGUACCGAAGCGAGACCUUAGAAGUAGGGGGUUGUGCCUUCUGCCCCUAUCAUGUGCAUCAUAUAUAAGUGGUUAUGACUGAGGGCUUUACUUACCACGUAAUAUAUGCUUACCAGGCUACUCUCAUGGACUUAAUGCCCGCCCACGUUUUUAUUGUUAUGGGCUAUUCAGUGCGAAUUGGUCGACCUCUACACAUGAGAAAUGUUCGUGUUUAGGGGAACAAAUCUUUUUUUUAUUUUUUUAUUUUAGUAUUGUAAGGGGUAGUUCAGCUUUUAUCGUAAGCUUUUUACAAACUGAUAUGAUAAUUUACGUUGCACUUAUCACAUUA